AUCGACUAGCUUCCUCUCCAGGACCAGGGAGCAAUCACAGAUGCCCGGACCUUGGCUUCCUUUGCCUGGUGAGAUUGGGAGGCUGAGCCCCCAAACAGGCCCCUGGCUUCCCCCCUCGUCUGAGCAGGGUAGAGAGGCACAGGCCCAGGACCCAGGGUCUGACUUCCUCUUGUCCCGGAAUGAGCAUGCCUACCCUUUACAGGCAGGUUUGGGUCUUUCACGCAGAGGAAACCAAAAGCAGUGAGAGGGAGGGAAGGCAGAGCGGCCAAUCAGGGGCAGGGUGAGGCUCAAAAGCAGCAGGCUCCCCAGGGAACCCCACCGAGGCCUGAGCCAUGGCGGAGCUGCAGCAGCUGCAGGAAUUUGAUGUCCCCACGGGCCGCGAGGCUCUGCGGGGCAACCACAGCGCCCUGCUGCGGGUGGCCAACUACUGCGAGGAUAACUACUUGCAGGCCACAGACAAGCGGAAGGCAUUAGAAGAGACCAUGGCCUUCACCACCCAGGCCCUGGCCAGUGUGGCCUACCAAGUGGGUAACCUGGCUGGACACACUCUUCGAAUGCUGGACCUACAGGGUGCUGCCCUACGGCAGGUAGAAGCCAAGAUCAGCACACUGAGCCAGAUGGUGAACAUGCAUAAGGAAAAGGUGGCCAGAAGGGAGAUCGGCACCUUAGCUACUGUCACGCGGCUGCCCCCUAGCCAGAAGGUCAUCCCUCCUGAGGCUCUACCUCCCCUCACUCCUUACUACAGAAAACCCCUCAACUUCAGCUGCUUGGAUGACAUUGGCCAUGGAAUCAAGGACUUGAGCACGCAGCUGUCGCGGACCGGGACCCUGUCUCGCAAGAGCAUCAAGGCACCUGCUACCCCUGCCUCCUCCUCCGCCUUGGGGAGACCACCCCGGAUCCCAGAGCCCGUGCAGCUCCCAGCCGUGCCCGAUGGCAAGCUCUCCGCUGCCUCCUCUGCCUCUUCCUUGGCCUCGGCGGGCAGUGUCGAAGGUACCAGUGGGAUCCCCCAGGCAUCACCUGCAACCCCGCCUCCUCCGCCUCCAGCACCUGCAACCCCGCCUCCUCCACCAGUCUCUGCGGAGGUCUUCUUGCCUCCUCCUCCCCUGGAGGUGUCCCAGCCCCCUCCAGCAGAGUUGCCUUUGCCUCCCCCUCCAGCUCUAGAGGGGGAUGAACUGGGGCUGCUGCCUCCACCCCCACCAGGUUUUGGACCAGAUGAGCCCAGCGGGGUCCCUGCUGCCUACUUGGAGAAAGUGGUGACACUAUACCCAUACACCCGUCAGAAAGACAAUGAGCUCUCCUUCUCUGAAGGCACGGUCAUCUGGGUCACUCGCCGCUACUCUGAUGGCUGGUGUGAGGGGGUCAGCUCAGAAGGCACUGGAUUCUUCCCAGGGAACUAUGUGGAGCCCAGCUGCUGACAGCUCGUCCCUGCGCCAACCCAGCACUGCCUCAGUGGGUCUGAGUCCCAAGAAGCCAGCGCCACAGUCAAGGCUGGACUAGGGACCCGUCUACCUCUUGGGCUGUGAACUGUGUUCAGUCCCUGUUCCACACAGCAGUGUGGGGGAGGGGCUAGAGAGAGGUGGUAC